GGGUGCUAAGUGCGUGUAGGCGGAGACCGCGACCGUCUCAAGUCUACUGUCAAAGACUCGCUCAUUACCCUUUGGACUUAUAAUUUCUGAUAACAGUGCCACUUCUGACGGCUACCAAUGACAAAAGACGUUCGAACAUUAAUAUACACGUCUGGAACUACAGCAUUCCUCCAGCUAUGUCAUAUAAAUCCUGGAUUGAGGAAACCUUCUCCAAGAGAGAAUGUGUGAAGUUUAUCCCUUCCUCUCGAGAUCAACACAGAUGCAUUCCAGUAUGUCAAGUAUGUCGAAACUUGAUCAGGUGUUGCUGUGGUCGUCUUAUGGUGGAACACUCCUGGCAAGAGGCACCUCCCCCGACAUUCUUUACCGGUCCUGAACAAGAUGUGUCAGAAGACUGGUCCUUGGAGCUACACACCAGAGCCAGUCCCACCAAUGCCUAUGGGACCAUAGCAUUUCAGGACAGUGCAGCACGUGUGUGUCGGGCCAAGUUUGUGCGUGUGGCGGUGGACUCAAAGCCAGAGGCGCUCCUUCAACUGAUGCUGAGGGAAUGGCAGAUGGAUAGACCCAAGCUCCUACUGACUGUUCAUGGAGGAUCUGAGAACUUCAGCCUUCCUCCCAAAGUCAAGCAAGCCUUCACUAAAGGCCUGAUCACUGCAGCUCGCAGCACCGGCGCUUGGAUACUUACUGAUGGCAUUAAUACUGGUGUGUCCAAGUAUGUGGGCGAGGCAGUGAAAAGCUUUGGUGGCCACAACCUGAGGAAGAGGAACACAAUUGGGCUCACAUCUUGGGGAGUCAUAGAUAACAACACAGACCUUAUAGGAAGAGAUGUCUUCAGGCCUUACCAGCCACUGGGAAACCCUUUAAGCAAGAGGGCCUACCUCAAUAGUUUCCACUCCCACUUUCUUCUGGUGGAUGACGGAACGUUAGGAAAAUUCGGUUGCCAAGAAGGCCUCAGGAAGAAGCUGGAGAAACACAUUCAACUGCUGAAGAUCCACACUCGAUUGAACCAAAGAGUGCCAAUGGCAUGUGUGGUAGUAGAAGGAGGCCCGGCCAUUGUGUCCACAGUGCUUGACUACGUGAGCAGUAACCCACCUGUACCAGUCUUUGUGUUUGAGGGAUCUGGAAGGGCUGCGGACCUGUUUGCUUUUUUACAUAAGCACACUGAUACCGACAAGCAGUUAGCUGCAGACAUUAGAGAAGGCUUCCUUGUAAGAAUUGGGGAGGUUUUUGGAGUUGAUAGGAAGGAAGCAUCUCGCCUUUGCAGUCUUCUUCUGGAAUGUAUGGAUCACAGACAAUCUAUAACCAUCUUUGAUUCAGAGUCAGAAGACCAGAUGGCCCCAGAUGCUGCUAUUUUGAACACUAUCCUCAAGGGUACAAAGGCCAGCGCUGCAGAGCAGCUGAGUAUGACUCUGGCCUGGGACAGGGCUGACAUUGCACAGAAAAAUGUUCUGGUUUAUGGACAACAUUGGCAGGUGGGCUCAUUGGAACAGGCCAUGCUGGAUGCCUUGAUGAUGGACCGUGUCAGUUUUGUCAAACUCCUGAUUGACAACGGAAUGACUAUGAGUCACUUCCUCACCGUGGAUCGCCUGGAGGAACUUUAUAACAUGCCUCAGGUGCAGACUGACCAAUUUCUUCAUCACCUUGUUGAGGAUGUGAAACAGACCUCUCUACCUCUUGGUUAUCGGCUGUCUAUCAUUGACAUGGGCUUGGUCAUAGAGUACCUCAUAGGAGGUGCGUACCGCAGCACCUAUACACGCAAACACUUCAGAACUGCCUACAACAGAUUGCAGAACAAGGAAGGUAGACGUGUCAGUACCUCAUUCUUGUCUGAACAAAAAAUGGGAAUAAGAUCAAAAUCUCAAUGGAGUGGAAGUCCACAAGACCCCCAUUUCUUUAGAACUGCUCAGCCUUACAAACGCAAGGACCAGAAUGCGCUACGUGGUACCAGUGAAAAGGCUGUAUGGAAUCCGGGUCUUUGUGAAGCGCCACUGGUUUUUUCUUUCAACUUUAACGACGUCUUCGUGUGGGCCGUGCUUCAGCAACGCCAACAGAUGGCGCUGUUCCUAUGGCAGCAUGGGGAAGAGGCUCUUGCUCGAGCCGCUGUGGCCUGCAAGCUUUACCGCUCCAUGGCCUUUAAGGCACGGCAAAGCAGCAUGGAUGACCACAUUGCAGAACGAUUCAAAGCCUAUUCACUUGAGUUUGGACAGCUGGCGGUGAAUGUCUUGGACUGUGCAUUUCGUCAGAAUGAGAAGAUGGCAAUGAAGCUGCUCACUUCUGAGAUGGAGGCAUGGAGCCACUUUACCUGCUUGCAAAUAGCAGUUUCUUCAUGUCACAGACCUUUUGUUUCACACUCUUGUACGCAAACCCUCCUCACUGAUCUCUGGACUGGUCCACUCAACAUGAGAAAAAACUCAUAUUUAAAGAUCAUUUUGAGCCUUCUUUUGCCUCCUGCCAUUCUGCUGCUGGAAUUCAAAAGUAAAGCUGAGAUGUGUCAUGUUCCCCAGUCUCAUGAGGCAAUUAUUUUUGGCCGUGACACUCUUAAGUCAGGAGAAACACUUGAUGAAACUCACAUGGCCAAGAAGGAUGCAGAGCAUGGACUGACAUCCCAGGACCGACGCCUUGGUUCUCGGUGGGAAGGUCUUUUCCCAAGCCUUUUGCAUAUGGUGUCCUGGAUGACAAGACUCUAUGAAUUCUACACAGCUCCUGUCGUUAAGUUCUGGUUCCAUACAAUAUCAUACAUAGCCUUCCUGAUGUUAUUCUCCUACACCAUCUUAGUGAAGAUGGACGAUCAACCAGGUGUUCAAGAGUGGUUGGUCAUUUUAUAUAUAUUGACUACAGCAGUGGAGAAAACCAGAGAGGUGUUAAUGUCAGAACCAAGGAAGCUGAGUCAGAAACUGAAGAUUUGGUUCUCCGAGUACUGGAACUUAUCUGACUUCCUUGCCAUCGUACUCUUCCUGUUUGCUUUGGUGAUGCGGUGGCACGCUGAUCCAUAUCGGACAGUUGGACGGUUGGCCUACUGUCUGGACAUUAUAUUUUGGUUUGUCAGGGUGAUGGAUCUACUGGCUGUCAAUCAACAUGCUGGUCCUUACCUCACAAUGAUCACCAAAAUGACCUCGAACAUGUUCUUCAUUGUGGUGAUGAUGGCAAUUGUACUGCUGAGUUUUGGGGUAUCCAGGAAGGCUAUCCUGUCACCAGAUGAGGACCCGUCAUGGAGUUUAGCUCGUGAUGUUGUGUUCCAGCCUUACUGGAUGAUCUAUGGAGAGGUCUACGCAUCAGAGAUAGAUCCUUGUGAUGAUGGUCAACCAUGUGCUCCUGCCUCCUUUCUCACGGCAUUCCUUCAAGCUGUCUAUAUGUUUUUUCAGUACAUAAUCAUGGUCAACAUUCUCAUUGCAUUUUUUAACAACAUCUACUUUGACAUGGCAUCGACAUCCAAUAAGUUGUGGAAGUACAACCGCUAUCGCUACAUAAUGACCUAUCAGGACAGACCGUGGCUGCCUCCUCCCCUAAUUUUCCUCAGUCACUUGACUAUUGGUUUGCGAGCCAUUUACAAGCGACUUAAUGGAAAUGCUGAGGGAGAUGAAAGAAGCUCUGGACUUAAGCUCUAUUUAGCCCGUGAUGACCGCAAGAAGCUCCAUGAAUUUGAGGAGAAAUGUGUACAGGCCUACCUCUAUGAGAAGAAUCAAGAUCUCCACAGCAGUCAGAUGAACAGAAUUAGACUCACAGCAGACAGAGCCGAAGAGAUGUGCACAAUGGUGGGGGAAGUCUCAGAGAAGGUCAACAUCAUUCAGGACAAUCUCACGAAACUGGACUCUCAGCUGGGUCAACUUCAGGACCUAUCAGCACUGGCUGUGGACACACUGACCUUGCUCUCUGCCUCUGACAAUCUACAUCAAGAGGAGGCUCGCCUGGCUCAGUCCCAACUACUCCAAACAUCCCAACACGUCCUUCCUCACAGCUGGACUCUGCACAGAGGUGGCUCGGAGUAUGAUGUGUCAAAUAUGAGACGACCGAUGUGCAAGUCUUGUAAAAGUACUCCUCCUUCGUUGAUCAAAGGCUACAUUCUUAGACAUGCACCACAGGAGUCUCAUCUGGGAAUCAGAGGGAGUAGGGGAGAAGGGGAAGGACAAAGGGAAGAGGGAGAAAAAGAGUUGCCUGAUGCUCACCAUCCUCGUGAGUUGUAUGUGGGUGUCUCUCGAAGUACAUCAGUUUUGCACCUUCAUGGAGUUGAAAACCAUCUGAGUGGUUUCACUGAUCAGACGCCUUAUGAGUCACAUGGAACAUCCCCCUGUGGGUCUCCUCUUCCUUUCAAGAUUGCUGACGGAGGACUGGAGUCACCACAUUAUAAGGUGUGGAGCUGUGAUCCACACCUGUUCCCAAAUCGUGAGGAAAUUGACAUGGAAGAGGAGGAAGAUCAAGGCAGUGAAGAUGAACAGAUAGUGGAUGAGUCCAGAGUGCGUGAUCAUCUUUCCAGUUUAGAAGUAUUGAGACCUAGUACCAGCAAUGUUCUUUCUGACCCUGGAAAAGUCACUAAAGAUUUUGAAAAUUGCAUCUUCCGUCAGGAUGACACCCGACUGCAUUCCGUGAGCAGACCUUUUGUAAAGUCUCCAAGGUCGGGCUAUCUGUCAAGAGACCACCCUUAUGGCUACUGCAGAUCCUUGUCAUCCAGUGUGGAGAAUAUGACUUUCUUUGGAAGAUCCCAAAUUCCACGGGGGGGAUCGUUUCCUUUUCUUAACAAAGUACUGAACAAGCAAGGUGGUAAAAGAAAUCUUAAAGAUGACACAUCGUUACAGUGGAGCAGGAGCAGAGAGUGGUCUAAGUCAUCUGACUUCCCCCAAGCCUUGAACAGAAGAAAAACCCCAAAUAGAAAGAUUGUCAAAAUACAAGAAAGCAGCCCAGCCAACGGAACCAUGCAUAUAUUUUUGUCUGAUGCUUGCUGGAAAAGAUGGCAAAAAUUGAAAGGAGAACCUGCAUGCUGGUCAGCUUCAACUAGCCUCAGUCAUCUUAAUUUUGAACCCUUGGAUUUGCAGAAGCAAGUGUGUUCUCAUCAGGAUCCUUUGAGCCCCACUCAUUCAGCAUGGAGCAGCUGGACAAAAUCAAUGAGUCGCAGAUCUUCACUGCAGAGUGCUAUUGCUGUGGAAGGUAGUUCCUCAUUCCAGUCCACGGAAUUGUUGUAUUCACAUUAUUCAGCCAUGGAAAGGAACAAUCUGAUGCGACUGGCUCACACGAUCCCAUUUACUCCUGUUUCCAUUCUGGGUGGUGAAGAGGUGAGCAUUUACUCCCUGGAGGAAGUUCACUCACAGGCUGACCCUGAAUCCAGCACAGUCUCAUCAUGGUCCUCACGGGGCCUGUCUGCAAUGCUUCAGCCCCUCCCGAGUGAAGAGGGAUCACUGGACGGAGGCCUGCGGCAGGGCUGCAGGGUGCUAUGCACGUGGGCCGAACAGGAUGUGCUUAUUCCUGGGAUGGUGUAUGUGGUGAAAGCCUUCAGACCAGAAGUGGUGUCUGCAUGGCAGAAGUACUUUUCCGGUAGCACAGCGCUGCAGCUUUGUUUGAGGGAGAUUCAGCAGCAGAGGGCAGCACACAGGAUGAUGCAAGUGUUUAACCAGACCAAACCUCCUAACAUUCAACAUUCACCAAAAUUUCUGGACGUAUCAUUGGUCCUUUGGCAUACAAAUGGCCAGUGGCUGACUAUUGAAAGAAACAUGUCCGGGAACUUCCAAAAGUACAACAACAACACAGGAGAGGAGAUCACACCUUCCUGUUCGCUGGAAGAGCUACUCCUCGCCUUCUCACACUGGACCUAUGAGUACUCAUGCAGAGAAAUGCUGGUGCUUGAUGUACAAGGAGUCGGUGAGGAGCUGACAGAUCCAACAGUCAUUAUGGCAGAUAUGCACAGUAACAGCAUGGGCGAGAUGUUAUUUGGCCCGGACAAUCUUGGAGAAUCUGCCAUCAAUGCUUUUCUGCAAAAGCACUCAUGUGAUGCUUGCUGCCACACAUUGGGCCUCUCAGCUUUAAGGAGGCAUCUGGACACAUGCAAGAACAGCGGUGAGGCAGAACCUACACCAGGGGAAACACAACAAGAGGAUGAGGGAGUAAAUAACGUCUAGGCUAAAAGCAUCAUGUUACUUUUAUCCCUUGAAGCAGGGGGGAAAAAAAUGACAUGCUGAUAUUGCAGCUUUUGCACAGACAACUCUGGUCAAAUAUUUGCGCGUUAGCCAUUACACACAGCGGUUAUACAAGUGCUCAAAUAAGCAAUCACGUGCAUGUGUACGAAAGAAAAACGAGGCAGAAUUUCACCCAUAAAAUUUAUUGUAUUUUUUUUUCUUCCCACAACAAAAUGUCUACAAAAGCGAUAAAAUAUAGAAUUUAACAAAAUCACUUCAGACCUUCACAUUAUAUAUACACACAUAUCAAAGGAGGACUCAGUAAAGGGCCCUGCAUAGCUCUGAACUUCAACCCAUUCUAAUCCGUAACGUGGGUGUCUACGACACAAUUAAAUGCAAAUGUAUACAUGCAUUCACGCAUACGCAUAAUAUCAUUCUGAUGUGAAAAAGAAAAUGUUUGUACAGAGGCGCUCAUGGAUUGAUAGUCAGAGCUCAGAGUCCUGCAGAGUCCUAGAUGACCAAAUGAAGAAAGCAUCAAAUGUAAAAACUGUUUGCCAGUGUAUUCAAAUGCACAUUUUUCUUGAGUUUACUCUUUUUAUGAUUGGUUUCUCAAGUGAACUCAAGACAGUAAAGCAUCUACGGCUCACUUCCAAUCAUUCCUCUUCUCACUAGCUAUGGCACUUUGAAAACAAAAGGAAAGAUGUCCUUUUGUAUGUAGAAUUUCUUUUCAAUUUUGUUUUGUUAGUCCUGUGUAAAAGAGGUUCUGUAAGGCCAAAUACCUUUUUUAUAGGUAUUGUUUACAGAUUGCUACAUUUGAUUUGAUUUGCUCUUGCUUGCACGCAGACAUUCUAAAAAAUAAAUUAACAAUUUUCAACACUAUUUGAAUUGCACGCAUGUGUAAUGCAUCGAGAAAGUUUAAAAAGCAUCGGUAGACAAAACAUUGUCUCAGUCUCACUGUAUCUCCCUCCGUCUCUCUCUCACACACACACGCACACACACACACACACACUCGGGUUCUUUUUAAGAAAGGUGAGGACGGUUUCAUGGGUGUAGUUAGUGUCUUGGACAACGUGUAGGAAAUGUAAUUUAAAAAACAAGUGUAUUAAAAUGUCCGUGCAUUUUGUCAGA